UCUCUCAACACUCCCAAGUCGUAAUUAAUUAAGUUAAGAGCGGUUCAAUUAAGCAAUCUCUCUACUCGUUUAUUUCUACUCGCUAGUUUUCUUCCCACCCACGACAUGGAGAAGGCGAUGAACGAAGGCAUCGGAUGCAGCCUCGUUUCACUUGUUGCACUUCUCUUAGUCCUAAGGCUCAUUGUACUGCACUUCCAAUCGAAUUUACGCUACUUGUUUUUAUGCUUUCUUUGCGAAGUUAUGCAGGUUAAGACCGUUUUCCAAAGAAGUUGCACUGAUGAGAAAGUAUGUGAUCACAAACCAUCCAAAGGAGUUGAAACCAACUCUACAACAAGUUCUGAUCAAGUCCCCUUGAUUCAUGCCGCGGAGAUUAGUUACACUCGCGAAAAUGUUGUAGAUGGCAAAAAGAAUCUGUGUUUAGGAGAACUAGGACUAGUGAUGGAGAAACUAGAAACAUUGAGUGAGGGGGAGGGAGGCUCGAAGGAGAUUGCUAACUUGUUUGAGGAGGUCCCGAGCUUGGAGGAAGUAAAAGAAGCUUUUCGUGUGUUUGAUGAGAAUGAGGAUGGAUUCAUUGAUGCCGGGGAGGUAAAGAAGGUUCUCUCUGUAUUGGGUUUCGUUGAAGCUUCAGAAGUGGAAUGCGAAGGGAUGAUCAAGUCGUUUGAUGAUAACGGAGAUGGACGCAUAGAUUUCAACGAGUUUGUUAAGCUCAUGGAGAACAGCUUCUGCUGAGUUACCAACAUAAAAUGCUCACAGAUUUUGGGAAAAUGAGUGGCUAAGGCCGCUCGCAUCCUUUUCUUUCUUUCUUUCUUUCUUUGUGUUAGUUUGAGGUGCCUUGUCAAAGCUUUGAGUAUGUCUUUAUGCUCUUAUAAACGAUUUAAUUGCUUUCAUGCGUGUCAUUGUUGGCCUAGUUUUAGGUGCCUUGUCAAAGCCUUGAGUAUGCCUUUAGGCUCUUAUAAACAAUUUAAUUGCUUUCAUGCGUGUCAUUGUUGGCCAAGAUCAACAUAUUGAUUGUUUCUGAAGUAUUUGUCGAGCUUGUUUGCUUGCACCGCAACAAGUAAACUGGACUUCUUAUCAAGGAUUGUUUCAUGGAGGGGUUAAAUCCAUGUCAAGUUCUUUUUC